ACAUUCACAUUCCUGCAACUAUUACACAAUAAUACUCUUAACUCAUUCUCCUUGCAAUGAAACUAGAUCACAAGCUACAUGACAUCGAAAUCGCUCAGUCGAUAACGGACCUGUCAUCGGAUAAGCUUGAUUCGAACGAAGAGGAGCUCUACACACCUCCACUCAACUUCUCCAUGGUCGAUAAUGGCGUUUUUCGUUCCGGUUUCCCUGAUACUGCUAAUUUCUCGUUUAUUAAAACACUAGGCUUACGAUCUAUUGUAUAUUUGUGUCCUGAACCGUAUCCGGAUCAUAACGUUGAGUUUUUGAAGGCGAAUCGGAUUCAUCUGUUUCAGUUUGGGAUUGAAGGAACUAAGGAACCUUUUGUUAACAUACCUGAAAUCACAAUUCGUGAAGCAUUACAAGUUGUUCUGGAUGUAAAUAAUCACCCGCUGUUGAUUCAUUGCAAAAGAGGCAAGCAUCGAACGGGUUGUCUAGUGGGAUGUUUAAGAAAGAUUGAAAGAUGGUGUUUGACAUCAAUAUUUGAGGAAUACCAAAGAUUUGCAGCUGCAAAGGCUAGAAUUUCAGAUCAAAGGUUCAUGGAGGUGUUUGAUGCUUCUGGAUUCAAAGAUAUACCAACAUCUCCAUGUUCAUGUAUUAAGAGUGACAGGUAAACCAUGAACAUAAAGGGGAAUGUGCUGAGAGUGGAAUCCAUGAAGCAUGACCUAAUAAUAGUUUUAUAUGUACCAAUUAAGUUAUGUAAUAAAUUUCCUAGGCUUAGUUUAAAUUGUAUAACUUUACCAUAUUAUAAUGUAAUAUUACGUUAUAGGUUUUCUUCCU